AUGGAGGGGAUUCUGGUGUUUGAUCAAACGAACGAUUUAAUUUACCACAACUUCAACGAGGCGAUGCGAGAAAAAAUGUCCAAGCAGGCGUACGAGUUGGGUUUGCUUGAUGAGGAGUCGGCGUGUCCAACCCAGCAGCUUAAUUCGAAUGUCCUGAUACAAAUCUUCAGUCCGCUGCUGGCAUCGCAACGGAUCAUGAUGUGCCAGUUCGACAAUGCGUACACCUCGAUUCAGAUGGAUAACAACCUGAACGUCGUGUUCGAAGAGUUUCUAGGGUACAUUUUCUUGGAUAUUAGCACGAAAGAGAUAGAUCUGGUAAAACGUGAGCUGGGAGCAUUUAUUGCAUUUACGAAAUACAUUUGCGGGCCAAACAUUUUCUCCAUUAAAAGCGAUGCGGGAAAAAUCGACCAUCUGACCGAACUGAUCCAAACCUAUCGAGAGCUGUACGUUGUAAACCAGGGCGUACUAAUGGAAGCAAUCGAACAGCUCCUAGUAAAUGUGGAUGUGAAGAAUACUGUGGUUACUGCCCUGCAGGCCGCCACCGAUCGGCUUAAGCAAGAUCCACACUCCCAGCGGUCACAUUCGUUGCUGUUCGUGGGCAGCAAAUUUCUCGCACGAUACAGUACUAGGCAGGCCCAGGAGUUGGCCGCCGUUGAUAUGUUCUUCCUCAACCUGCUCUGCCAAACGCACAGCCACCGUCGACACCGCCAGCGCAUCGUGUCGCAGAUAGUGUUCCUGCAGGGUAGCGUCCACCAGUCGUAUGCCGGCUGUGUACCGCACAUUGUCCACGUGGUACACCUGUUCGAGCACGUGUCGCUGGUGCUGGUAAUCGAGCAUGCUCAUACGGCCCUCGCAAGCCAUCUGUACGAUGUGUACUUUGCACUGCACAAGCUGCAAAACCUACAGAGCCAGUUCGAUCUGGACAAUUUGCGGGGUGCAUUCGAUGCGCUCGAUACGUACGCAAAGCACACGCAGGACGCACUGAAGAAGGUGAAAUCGAACAAUGCCGAGGUGGAGGAAAGCAUCCGAACGUUCGGCGUGAAGUGGGACACGUUGCGCAAAAAGUACACGGACUAUUUUAAAACCACCGAUAAUGCGCUGAUCGUGAAGAUUGAAUCGAACAUGCCGAUGUUUGUCGAAUCGGUGAAGGAACUGUUUCGGUUGCUGUGUGCGAGUUGCGCGACCCUGGAGCAUGGUUUGCAGCGUGUCACCGAUAUUGCCGAUGUGGCCGAAGCCAGCCUGAACGAGGUGUUUGUUUUGCUACAUGCGAAAUCGCAGAAAAAUUUUACCAUGGGAUCGUACAUGGAAGAGUUCCCCGGUAUGGUACAUUUCAUGCAUAUAGAUCGGUACAAUGGAAGAAUCGUUGCACCAUCACUAGACGAUCAUGACCCGGCGGAUAUCCUUAAAGAUAGGAUAUGGUCGAUGGUCGCCUUUUCACGCAACUAUCUCGACAAAGGUUACAUGUCAAUGAUCUGGAAGGAUGUAACGUUCAGUUACGCGUACUUCCUUUGGUUCGAGGACGAACACGGUGCGACCUUGAAACCGAACGAACCACCAAAUCAUGGAACCGUAGUACCCGCCACAAAACCGUCACUGAUAGCCGGCAUCCUGGCGGGUGACUACUAUCAGCGCCUUAUCGAAUCCUGCUUUCCACGGACACCGUCGAGCAAGGUCCGCUGCUACGAACUGUUCCUGGUGCACCUUGGGCUCGUUACGUCUACGAUCGUGCUGGAACAUUGCCGCCGGCUGGCCGUCACCAUCACGGAUCUAACGGGAUGUAUCGGAAAUCCGAUCGAUCUGCUGUAA